GUAAGCGACUGGACCUUUCUCUCAAAGCAGACAGUGACAUAGUGACCGUGUUAGGGUUUGCCAUGAACCUCUAUACUGUUAUAUCGCUCGUAAUAACAAUUAAACAUUUGUUAGUGUUUGAUGUGAUCGCACAAAGUGAGCAGCCGAACCUAAAUUUCUUUGAGAACUUGUAUGCAAAAAUGUCCGGUGCAUGUCGCGCUAUUGUGGACUUACAAUUUAAUUCCAUGAAUAGUCAAAAUGGAAUAUUGAAGACCAUGAAAAUAAUUUACAUUGAUAAAACAGAAAAACGGACUUUCUCCAUAGAUAAAGCAUUUCAGACUCUAACUCAACCUGAUGUGUUUGAUAUAACUAAACAAACAAAAAUCAUAAUUCAUGGAUUUAGGGACAGUUCACAGUCCUCAGUCACACAGGAUAUAGCUGAGGGUUAUAAUGAAAAAAAUAUGUUCAAUGUGCUUCUCGUCGAUGCAGAAGAAAUGAUGAAUCAGAGAUAUAUAUUGUCCGUGCAUAAUGCCCGUCUAAUAGGAAAGAGAUUAGCUAAUUUAUUAGGUAAUUUGGAAAAUUUUGGAGCCAGCGCUGAUGAUUUUCAUCUCAUCGGUGUAAGUUUGGGAGCACAUAUAGCAGGAUGGGCGGGGAAAUACUUCCAUAAAUAUAAAUCACACUUAAUUGGACGUAUAACUGGAUUAGAUCCUGCAGGUCCUUGUUUCUCUUUUGCGUAUCCUGACCAGAGGCUAGAUAAAAUGGACGCCAAAUAUGUAGACGUGAUGCAUUCGAAUAUGUUAAUGCAGGGAGUGAUCGAACCUCUUGGUCACGCCGAUUUCUAUAUAAAUGGAGGUGGACCUCAACAACCGGGAUGUGUCAUGCCUUCUUGCAGUCAUCUCAGGGCAGCUCAGGUGUAUGCAGAAAGUAUACGAACUCCGAAAUCAUUUGUAGGUAUUCGAUGUCAAAGUUGGCAAAAAUUUGAAGCAAAUAAAUGUAAAGAUAGCGAUUAUGCCGUUCUGGGAUACGGUUCCUCAACCUCGACACGCGGUCUUUAUUACCUGCGGACGUCGGCUGGAUCACCUUUCGGCCUUGGUAUGAAUGGUACGAAAUAUAUCACGCCGAAAGACAAUAAUAAUUGGUUAAUGGAUUUAAGUUACACUUGACGAAUGUAAUUUUUUGUGUAGUAUUGUACUGUAAUGUGGAACGUUCCAUUGCCAUAGAUGUUUAAUCAAUUUGU